GACUGGCGUAAGCGUUGUCAAGCCAAAGCUGCAUACUAUCUGGCUCUGACUGCAUAUCACAGUGGUUUGGCUGUUAAUGAGUUAGAUGGCCAGCAUGGCAUAGCUGUGACUUGGAUUGGACUUGCCGAACAGAGGCUUUGUGAUGCCGAGAAACUAGCUAAAGAUGUUUCUGCCAAUGGGAUGGCAGAGAUUGACUCAAGUUCUCUAGGAUUUGUAUCAGCUCUCUCUGAAGUUGGAUCACUUAGGUCCGCUAUUACAGCGGCAUUAGAGAUCGUCAGGGCCAAGUUGGGAUCAUUGAAACGUGAUAACGAUUUCAUUUACCAUGAUAAAGUUCCCGAACCUUCUGAUUUGGAACCCAUAAAAGAUUAUGAGUGCAAAGAACUGUAG